AUACCACCUCUGGACUGCAUGCCGGUGAUGUCUUCCCCAAGAGAUCCGAACCAUCCAGGGUCCAGCCCCAUGGCCCCCGAGGAAGGAGGUCAAAUCAGCAUCCCGGAAAUUAUUCGGAAGAAACGGGACGGUGAGACACUUCAACAGGAGGAAAUCCGCUACUUCGUGCAAACUCUCGGUAGCGGCAGGUCCCAGGAGGGGCAAAUCGGCGCCAUGCUGAUGGCUAUCCGUUUGAGAGGCAUGGAGCCCUCCGAGACGAUGGUGCUGACCCGGGAAAUGGCUGCUUCGGGGACCACCCUGGACUGGCCGGCACAGUGGCGAGGGCUGCUGGUGGACAAGCACUCUACGGGGGGCGUAGGGGACAAAGUCAGCCUGCCCCUGGCUCCCGCGUUGGCCGCCUGUGGCUGCAAGGUGCCCAUGAUCAGUGGCCGGGGACUGGGCCAUACCGGGGGCACACUGGAUAAGCUGGAAUCCGUGCCAGGCUUCUGUGUUUCCCAGAGCCCAGAGCAGAUGAAAGAGAUCCUGGAACGAGUCGGUUGCUGCAUUGUGGAGCAGAGCCAACACCUGGUCCCAGCCGACAAGGUCCUCUAUGCCCUGAGAGACAUCACAGCCACGGUGGACAGCCUGCCCCUCAUCAUCGGUUCCAUCCUGAGUAAGAAGAUGGUGGAGAAGCUCUCGGCUCUGGUGCUGGAUGUCAAAUUUGGCAGUGCUGCCCUGUACCAUACUUUGGAGAGCGCUGAGCAGCUUGCCCGAAACCUGGUGUCCGUGGGAAACCAGCUCGGGAUGAAAACGGCGGCCGUUCUGAGCAGGAUGGAUGAGCCCGUGGGUGCCCGAGUGGGCAAUUCCUUGGAAGUCCUCGAAACCUUGCAGUGCCUGGAAGGAGGUGGCCCUGGGGACCUGCGUGAGCUGGUCACCACACUAGGUGGCCUCCUGCUGUGGCAGAGCGGGAGAGCCAGCUCAGUGUCCACGGGGGCCACCCAGAUCGGCCAAGUCCUGGACAACGGCGCUGCCCUGCGCACUUUCCAGGCCAUGCUGCGGGCUCAAGGGGUGGAGGCCGAAGUGUCCCGCCUGCUGUGUGAAGGGACGGAGGAGCAGCGCUUGGCGGUGCUGAAGGUGGCCGGCACCCAGGAGGAGCUGCGGGCUCCGGAAGAGGGUAUGGAGUGGGCAAGGGGGAGGGGUCACUACAAAUCUCUCUCCUCCUCCCCCACCCACCCUUUCGCUCUGGCCCUUUCCUGCGGGUGCCCCUGGGCAGGGCUGCAGGCUGGAGGAAAGAUUGAGGGAACUCCAUGGAUCCGAAUCCAUCACGAUGCCCCCAGGCUGAGCCAGACCCAGCGAGAAACCUUACAGAAGGCCCUGAUUCUGGGGGACGUGGAGCCCUUCAACCCUCCUGCGAAGGUGGCGAAAAUACUUCUUCCUAACGGAGAGUCAGCAGUGCCAGAAUCCCAGUAGGAGAGGAAAGGUGUGGUGUACGUGGUUUGCAUACUCGUAAUGCUGCAUUCCUCUUGGACGGAUACCAUCGCUGGGCAAUUGGUUGAUAACAACAGAUCCGAUUGGCCGCCUAAGCGGCGGGAAGUUUAAAUAAAUGCCAUUGGUUGCGA